AUGCAAAAUAAUAAAAAUGAUGUUUUAAAAUUCAAAAAAUUAACAAAAGAAGAAAUAUCCAAAAGGGAUAUUUUUGGUAGAACUAUUUUACAUAUAAGUAUAUUAUUAAAUGAUUAUGAGUACCUAAAAAUUUUACUAAAAAACACAAAUAUAAAAAAUAUUUUAACAAGUUGUGAUUACGAAAAUGGUUGGAAUUGUUUACAUUAUAUUAUUUAUUAUAAAAGAAUCAUAUGUUUUAAUUUAUUGAUUGAUUAUUUGACUAGUGUUAAUGUGACUAAUAAUUUAUUUUCCUCGAAUGGACUACUCGUGGAAUUGCUAAAAUGUAAAGACAGAUGUGGAUUGACUCCUAUGCAAUUAUUAAAUAAUGAUUUUAAAAACUUUAGAUGGAUUCCAGAAUUUAUCAACAUUAGUGAUGAAUAUAAUUUGAUGUACAGAUUUAUUGAAAAAAAUGUAGAGGAAGAUACUAAAAAAAUUGUUUCAAUAAAGUCACCACAAAUUAAUUGGGACGAAAGUAGAGGUGGAUCUGAUAUUUAUGUUAUUGGUUGUAACAGUAAUAAUCAACUAGGUUUAGGAGAUUCAAAAGAUAGAUCAGUACCUAUAAGUGUUUCAAGUGAGAGUUUUAUUAUAGACCAAAAUAAUUUGAAUGACAUUAAUGAAAGGCUACAAAAACCUAGGUUUAAAUCCAUGACCAUCUCAAAGUAUCAUUCUGUUGUAAUAACUCACGAUGGACAUGUAUUUUCUUGUGGUGUUGGGUCUAGAGGUAGAUUAGGACAUGGAGAUGACUUAGGUAGCUCAUUCAAGUUCAAAAGAGUUGAAUUUUUUGAUGAUGUGGAGGAAGAACCAAAGCACAUCAAGGACGUUGCUAUCUCCAACAAUCAUUCUGUUGUUUUGACUUCUGACAAUGAAGUUUAUGCAUGGGGUUUAAAUAGUUUCAAUCAAUUGGGCAUCAAUAGUCCUUCAUCAAAUAAACUGAACAAUUAUUUAGAUGACUUCAUAUCAACACCCACAUUAGUAAUGGGAGAAUUAAGAAAACAUCGUGAUGAAAAAUUGUUGGGCAUAGCUGUUUCAAAAAUUCAUUCAGUGACUUGGUCUAAAUAUAAUCUAUUCUUUUGGGGUUUAAACGCAGGUCAAAUGGGUAUUCAAUGUAUAAAUGGUGACAUAGAAGUCAAAUUACAUGAUCAAAUGGUUAUUGGAGAAAUUCAAGCAUCACCUAAGUUGAUAAGUUUAAGAGACGAAAUUAAAUUUGUUAGUACAUCAGAAUUAUGCACUUGUGUUAUAACCGUUAUAAAUGAUAUUCAUGUUUAUUAUAAUUUUCAACAUUUCAAAUUACCCAAGAUACCAAUAAAGGGACUAGGUGAUAAGCAUUUUGAUUUAUUCAAACCAACAAGAUUGACAGAAGCUGCAAUUAUUAAAAAAAUUAUAACAAGAGGUGCAGAUACUUCUAUGGUGUUACUAUCAAAUGGGUCUGUUAUGAGUUUCAGUAUUAAUAUUAAUGACGUGAAAAACACUAAAUAUAAUACAAUCUGGAAGGCUCACAAUGAUGAUAUGGUUGCAAUGGAUUUUGAUUGUGGUACAGAUGGAUCAGUUGUUUUAUGUACUAAAAAUGGAUCAGUGUUUCUUAAAAUUCCGCAAUCUAAUCAACGUAAAAAUUCAAUGAGUGCAGCAACAUUACCUAUACCAGUGAACAAUAAAAACAAGUUCAAGAAAUUGGAACAUAUAAAUAAAAUUGUCAGAGUUGUUUGUGAUCCUAAAUUUUUAUCAUUCGGGUUUAUAAGAGAUGACAUUGAUUUGUUACCUAUCGAAUUAAAUAAAAAUGAUUUUCUAGUUGAUAUAGAACAACUAUCACCAUUAAGUGAUUGUGGAUUGCAUAGGAAACAAGAGCAGUUAAUGAAUAGAUCAAAUGGAUCUAAACAUUCAUACUUAAGCUCGUUUUAUGAUGACUCAAAAGCUGAUGAUGAUGACGAAGAAGACUGGGGUUUAAAUUCCAGUAAGAUCAACUCUGGUGUUGAAGACAGAUUAAAUACACUUUACCGUCAUUCAAAUUCACUUGCUUGUAAAAUUUCAGACAGGUAUGAAUUUUUGUCAAAAGAAGAAAGUAAGACAAUUGAAGAGGUUUUAAAAUCAGAUGAGACUUAUUUAUUACAUACUUUUUGUUCAUAUAAUAAGUCAAACGAUUUAGUGAAGAAUUAUGAUGGUAUAAUUACUUUUGAGAAUUACCCUGACUCAACACUUGGUUUCCACAUUGAUAUUUUAGCCCAUUCAUCAUCUAAAUUCAAGUUGUUGUUACACUCAGAUAACAAUGUGAUUGUUGGCAAAAAGUUCAAAGCCGAAUGGGAUUCAAAAUCCUCAAAAUUAAUUGUCAAAUCCAAAACUAAAGUACUUUCACUAUUAUUAUUUGUUCAAAGUAUAUACACAAACAAAAAAAUUGACUUUUACCUGACCUUUGAAUCAAGAUAUAAUGUUCCAAAAGAAUUGAAAGUAGUGCAAUCUGAAUAUGAAGAGAUUGUGGAGACUUUCAAUUUGAAGUUAUCUCAAGUUAAUCUAAUUACUUCUUUCUCAGACUUAUUAAUGAAUUCAAAAGGUGAUGUUGUUUUCAGCCUUAAAGAUGGACAAAUGGUUGCACAUUCAUACAUUUUAAAAGUAAGGUCAGCUUUUUUUGAAACGAUAUUAUCUGAAAGGUGGGAUAUGGGAGAAACAACUUUAGAUUUUAGUGGAGUUAGUAACAGUCAAAUGAUGUUAAUUUUAAAUCACAUUUAUGGAGUGGACAAUAAAAAUAUUUUAAAUUCUCUAGAUUUCAAAUAUGAAGAAAGAGAUUCUUUUAUAAAUGAGAUUUUGGAGAUGAUCGAGAUUGUUGAUGAGUUAUUAUUAUUUGAUCUAAAAUCAGUUUUGGAAGUUUCCAUUAGUGGUAUGAUUAAUUUGGAUAAUGUCUUGGUAUUAUUAACACAUGCUGAUUAUUUGACUGCUUCAAAAUUAUUCAUGAAUUGCUGUUGGUAUAUCUAUAACAAUUUAGAAGUAUUAAUCUACGAUCCGUCAUUUAUAUCAAUUCCUGAAGAUGUUUUAUCAAAAUUAGAAGCUCAAAUUUUGAUACUAGAUAAAUGUAAAUUUGUCGAUAGUCCAACUGGUCAAUGGAUCGAUCAUAACGUCAAAGUUGAAGAAUUUAUUGAUGACAUUGAUAAAUUCAACGAAUAUUUUAUGAGUGAUAGAAAAGGAUUUGCAUCAUUUGAACCGUUAGUAGAUAGCAGAUUAGAAGUUAAAAAAGUUAAAGAACCACCACCUAAAAAGAAAAAAUCAAGAAAAAGCUCUACACUUAAUUCAGAUAUUAUUGACUUUAGAGCAAAUUGGGCAAAUUCAAAUGGUAAUUCCCCUAGCAAUCAGAGAUUAAGAGAAUCUUCAGUUGCAGUCGAAGAUCCAAUAGACUCUCAUUUUAUUGUUGUUGAAAAGAAAAGAAAGCCGAAAUUUAUUGAUAUACCUAAAGCCGAUCCACCACCUGAAACUAUAAAAUCCAACACAGAAUCAAAAUCAAAAGCUAUAAAUAUUCCAAUAAAUCCAGUAACUAUAAGAUCAACACUGCUUACUGGACUAAGUCCACAUUCAACUUGGGCAUCAUCAUCAAACCCAUUCAAUCAAUUCUCAGAUAGAUCAAAUUCACCAACACCAGAACCACCAAAUUUAAUUGAAACUAAAUAUGCAGAUGUUAAACAAUUUAAACCUAAAAUAGGUCCACAUGUAAAAUUAUCACAAAAGGAAAGGAAAAAACUUGCAUCUGCUGCUGCAUUAAGUGAAGCAAAUAAACAAGCACCACCACCAGAACCUAAAAAUGAAAUUUCGGAUAUUGCACCUUGGUCAUCAAUCCAAUCUCAAAGUCCACCAAAUACCUCCAACAAAUUUCCAGCAUUAAGUUUGAAAAAAAAUAAAUCAUCAAACACAACAAAUACCACUAAAAUUCAAAGAAAACCAUCACCACCUUCAUCUUCCACAGUUGAAACAAAAUUCUCAACAACCCAAAUGAAUUCAUCAAGCUCAUCGCUUUCUUCUAUUGUAUCCACCCCAUCUUUAGCAGAAAUUAUGUUGAAUGAAACAUUACAGAAAGAACAAUUAAAAGAAGAUAACCUACAAAGAAAAUCAUUAUCUGAAAUUCAAAAAGAACAAGAAUUUGAAAAAUGGUGGCAAGAGGAAAGUAAGAGAGUGCAAAAAGAAAUGGGAAAAUUAAAUGUAAAAGAUAUCAAAAAGAAAAAUGGUAACGGAGGAUUUAGAAAAAGUUCAUCACCAAAAUCUCAAAAGAAUAAAGAUGUAAAUAACAGUAAAAAUACAAAAGCCAAAUCAAGUUUAUAG